AUGAAUUCAACGUUGAAACCAGUAUUGACGGCACCGUCUCAGAACAACGCCGGCGCCACGGCGGGUGCAAACAAACCGGCCCAUCCUCAAGGAGCGCCCGCGCCGUUCAACCAGCAGGGCCAGGGCUCGUUUCCGAACACCAAUGUGGCCCACAAUCACCCGUCAGCCCAAUCGAACCACUACUCUUUGAACGUCCCCGGCGGCGGGGCCCACUUCAACAUGGGAACCAUACCCGCCAGCAACCACCCGGUGGCCAUGAGCCAGCCCACCGGCGGCCAGAACUUCAAUUCCUCCAAAACCGUUUAUACCGGCUAUCAGAAUGCAACACAAAAUCAAAACGCCGUACCACCGGUGAGUCAAACAUUGCCCGCGACCACGUCUUCGUCGACGUCCCCGCAAGCAGCCGUCGUGCCGGUCGUAUCGAACGCCAAUUCCACCAGCGUCAAGUCCUCCCCGAUCAAAGAAGCCGACCCGGAGAAGGACAAACCGCACGCCAAUGGAACGUCCAACGUUCAACCCCCCGUAUCCCCCGUCAAAUCGGAUAAGCACGAAGUUCACGGUAACCACGUCACGUCGCCGUUACCGCCGACUGUUCACGUCCAAGAGCAUAAACCAGUAACCGCAGUUCCUUCGAUACCGCAACAGCAGCAAACGGAGAAGCCCAAGCCCGCGCAGCCCGCUCAAGAGAAGAAGCCCGCGGUGGAUCCGCCCGCGCCUCCCGCUUUGGAACCCAAACCCGCCCAAGAAGCCGCGAAGGCGUCCGCGGAGCCCGCCCAGCCGGCUCCCGCGCCCAAAGUGCAAGAGCCGCAGUCGGCUCCAGCCGUUGGCGCGCCCGCCGCCGCGACGCCGGCGCUUUCCAACGAGUCCUCCGAAUCGGAGCAGCCCCAGAACGAUUCCUCCGAUUCGGGGCCCGCGGCCGCUUCGGCGCAGCCGAAGACCGCCGAGCAAAAGGAAUCCGUACCUACUACACAAACGCGGGAUAUUAAGGAAGCCAGCGAAGAUGAUAAGAGCUACGAGGAUCAAUCUAGCGAAGAGGUUGAUUCGGAGAGCGGUGUGCCGGAGGAGAACGUGAAGAAGCCGCCGGCCAGAAGAGUAAAAGCGGCGAAAGCCGAUUCGAAGGCGUCGGCUCAGAAAUCUCCGAGCUCGACGAAAGUGAAGCGACAGAGGAUCCGGACGCAGCACUACCAGAGCCCGUUGCCCGAAAUCGAGAUCAUCACGAAGAUCACGUCGACGCCGAGAACGCGCCACAGCGAAGACAAGCUCAUAUACUUCUACAAGAACGAGUUCCUCGCCGUGAGGAACGCCGAGGGCAGCUUCUUCGUGUGCCAGGCCGUGCAGAAUAUCUACAAGACUUCGUCGAAGAUCAAAAUCCGGUGGUUGUCGCAGGACAAGAGCGAGAAGAGCGGCGAGAUUUACACGCCGGAUUUCUACGAUACGACGGACUUUGAUUGCAUUCUGACUAGUUUGGAUUUGACGAGGGUCGGUAAGGGGCGGUACAGGUUGAAGCCGGCGGAGAAAUCGAGAACGGACAGCAUUUUAAAGAGGUGUUUUGCUGUGGAAAAGGGGGAGAUUUCGCAGGCUUCCGUAUCCGCCGAACAUCCCGAUGGAUUGGAUUUGUCGUUGUACGAAGGCGAAGAACAAAUAAAGAAGAAGAAGCGCGGCGCGAAGCGCAAGGGCAGGCCGCGAUCGCAGACGCCGACGCCCAAAAAGGGCAUACCGACGAGAAAGUCGCCGGAAUCUCCGAAGGCGAGACGAGUGGAACCGAGCAAGGCGAUCAAGGCGGCAACGAAAACGAAAAAGACCGUUGUUAGUAGAAAACCGGCGGCGGCGGUGGAGCCGAAGAAGGCGACGCGAGUGGUCGCGACGGCCGGUCGGGUAGCCAGGGCUAAAAGCAAAACCAGCGCUAAAGCUAGUUCAUCUGUUGUGGAUCAGAAAAAGGCUAAAGUGUUGGCGAAAAUUGGGAGGAAAGCUGCUGCUCCGAUCGGUAGUACAAAGCAACAAACUGCGAAAAAUGCAAAGGCAAUGAAACCUUCCACAUCAAAGGCAGCGACGAAAUUGGCGCCCAAGCCGGCGCCGAGAAAGGCCAAAAGGUCGGCCAGGAAGUGA